UCUAAGGGUCCAAUAAACCAAUUUGACGUUUUCUCCUCCUAUCAUCUUCCAAUUUGGUAUGCGCAAACAAAAACAAAAGGCAAAGACAAAUUUAACUUCUGAAUUUCAAAACCUCUCGGCGAGGAAGAAAAGAGAGGAAAAAAUGGCGAUUUGCAUGUGUUGCGAGUCACAUAUUGUAGCGAAAUCGAUAGUGAAUCCAUGGAAUUCGCAGAGAAGAGCGAAGCUAGGUUUUGUAGCGGUCGGCCGCACGGUUCGCCGUUCUCCGGCUACGGUCAGGGCAUCGGCGGUGGAUUCCCCUGAGAGUUCUUCCAAUUUCGCUAAGCGUAUGGAACAAGCCUGGCUUAUCUCCCAGCAACCAAGACCUGUUGGAUGUUCAUCGUGCGAUUCAAAGGGUCACGUUGAAUGCAAAUGGUGUGCGGGUACAGGAUUUUUUAUCCUUGGUGAUAACAUGCUCUGCCAGGUUCCCUCAAGGAAUACUUCUUGCGUUAUCUGCUCCGGAAAGGGUUCUGCUUGCUGUAGCGAUUGCAAGGGAACUGGGUUUCGUGCCAAGUGGUUGGAAAAGCCUCCAGUGCCGUUGUAGAUGAUGUUGAACAAAAGCAAUUUUUUUUUUACAGAGCAAAAAUGUUUACUUUGAUUCAAGUGGAUUUUAAUAUAUCUCUGUACAUGUAUUGUCUAUAAAUAUGUCAUACGUUCACUAUUAUUUUUCUCAAU